AUGCCUCAACUAUUAGAGAUGCAGCUUUCGCUGCUCCACUCCGUGUCCAAGGCACUGGACAAUCUCAAGAAGAUCGGGAGGAACAAUUUCACUCCCGCCAAACUCCGUUCGAGAAUGACGUCGCUGAAGGAGACGUGGCAGCAGUGCAAGCAAGGACACGCCGCGCUCUCGAGCCAGUACACCAAAGCCGAGCGAGAGACAAUUCCGUACUUUGCUGAGGGUCAACUUGACGCGCACGAGGACAUUUUUCUGGCGACGCUGGACUACAUGACUGAGCAAUUGGAAAUCCUCGAGCCUAUCGUGAGACACAAUCAAACCUCUGCUAAUGUUUCGGUAUCAGAGAUCUCCGAAUCAUCAUCACUGUCGCUACAGCAUCUUCCGCCGAUCAAACUGCCUCCUUUCUCCGGGGACGCGGCUGAUUGGGAGACUUUUCGCGACCGAUUCAAAUCGUUAAUCAUCGCGAAUAAAGACAUUUCAAACUUCUCUAGAAUGCAUUUUCUGGCAUCCAGCUUAACAUUAAUAGAUGUUCACGUUGCGUCACUCUACAAUUUACCUUCGGUUUCCCGCGAGUCCGCCGUUGAACUCCACGCGUUACGCGAUCAAGCGGAGCGCGCGAUAUCCGCCUUGAAGCAACUAAAUCGAAGCUCGGACGAACAGUUAAGCGAUAUACUUGUUUACCUCGUAUCGCAAAAACUAGAUCCCGCGACGAAAAGAGCGUGGAAAUUGAAAUGCUGUUCCGACAAUUCAGACACGAUUCCCACGUAUGAAACUCUUAAGAAAUUCAUAAACUCGCGCGCUGUUGCCCUCGAGGAGAUCGCUCCCGCGGCGUCCGCCAAGCCUCGGCAGGCCAGGGCACACAACGUCGCCGCGACGAAAUCAAAAGAGGUAGCGUGCCCAUUGUGCAAAGGCGCUCAUUACUUGAGCAAGUGUACCAAGUUCUUGAGCAAGAGUGCGACUCAGAGACGCGACUUAGUAAAGCAGACAAAUCGAUGCUAUAAUUGCCUGAGUGCUCGGCACAGUGUUAGCGAUUGUACAAGCACAUUCACGUGUCGCACGUGCCAGCAAAAGCAUCACACGCUUUUGCACUCUGAGUCGAUCUCUUCCUCAACUGCUACGCCGACGCCCGAUCAAUCCGACCAUGCGAAUACGACCGGAGAGUUGCCCGCCAACUCACAAGUAUCCGCGAUGAAUACGAUCGCCGCCGACGCGGAUCCCACGCCGGUCUUACUCGCCACCGCCGAGGUUUCUGUCCGCUCACGCGAUCACCGAACCGAAACCGUCAGGGCCCUGCUGGAUCAGGGUUCCGAAGUUACGUUCAUAAGCGAACGACUCGCGCAAUCCUUACGCGUUAAACGCACCCCCACUCGCACCACCAUUUCAGCCGUUGGUGGAGCGUCAGCCGGCAUAUGCCGACAUGCCACUACCAUUUUUAUAUCUCCACGGGAUCGAAUCAAACCGGAGUUUCAGGCCCUCGCCUUUAUCCUCCCAUCCCUCACUAAGUACACUCCGCGACUGGAAAAAGCAGUUCCGGAUUGGAUCCACCUGGACAAACUGCGCCUAGCGGAUAACAAUCCUACCGGAGCACGUCCGAUCGAUGUUAUUAUCGGCGCGGACAUUUACAGCGAGAUCAUACAGAGCGGAGUCCGUAAGGGGCUCAAAGGUCAACCGAUUGCUCAACAGUCUCAUCUCGGUUGGCUCAUUUCGGGACCAACGACAAACCGACCGUCUACGCGUCAUGAAAUUCGCGCCUUUCAUUGCUCUCUAGAACGGGAGAUUCGAAAAUUCUGGGAGCAGACUCACACGCGCACUGAAGACGGACGAUAUACCGUUCGCCUUCCAUUCAAGUCUAAAUCUCCGAUCGAGAUAGGCCACUCGAGGUCGAUAGCCGUGCACCGAUUGACCUCUCUCAAACGGAGACUCGAUUCGUGCCCUGAAGUCAAAAAGGAAUAUUCCGAUUUCCUCGCCGAAUACGAGUCCUUACGCCACAUGACGCGAGUUGAGCCAACGUCCGCGACAAAUUCACUCGCUGUUUACAUCCCCCACCAUCCCGUUAUUCGAACGUCUAGUGCCACGACUCGCCUAAGGGUCGUAUUCGACGCCUCAAGUCCCACCUCCAACGAAACAUCUCUCAACUCACAUCUCCAUGCAGGCCCGAAGCUACAGACAGAUUUGCCGGCUGUCCUGAUUCGCUGGCGUACACCACGCUACGUAUACAGCGCGGACAUCGCUAAGAUGUACCGACAAAUUUGGGUAGAUCCCCGCGAUCGCGACUUUCAAAGAAUUGUUUGGAGGCCUAAUGAGAGUGCCGACAUUCUCGACUACCAACUUAAUACAGUAACGUACGGAAUGGUCCCCGCUCCAUAUCUCGCGCUCCGCGUUCUUAAACAGCUCGCAACGGAUGAAGGCGAGCCAUUUCCUAUCGCUGUCUCGAUUCUUAGGGAUAAUAUUUACGUCGACGACGUUCUAUUCGGUGCUCACACCAUUUCGCAAAUUCAAACAGCUCGCAAACAACUUUGCGAGCUUCUGUCUCGCGGAGGAUUCACAUUGCGAAAAUGGGCGAGCAAUCGGGCGGAGUUACUCUCCGAUAUUCCGUCUGAGGACCACGGUUUAGCGUGUCACCGUGAUCUUCAGUUGGACGAAAACGUCAAGAUUCUAGGCAUAACUUGGACUCCAGCGCUUGACGCCUUCCAAUUCCGC